AUGAUCGAAGCCCGUGACAAUGGAAGUCUUCUCAGGGAAGAGUACCGCCAGCAAAUAUGGGAUUUAGUUUAUGAGAUAUCAAACAAUAUCACCGUUGAAGAUUCCGUAGGACACAUUCUGAACUAUAAGGACAUGUGUGACCCAUACUGUCAAAAAAAUGACCCUUUUUUUGCCUUAUUGAAAAUCUUAAACCAAAACUUCUCCAGAGUUGAUAUUACAUACCCAACACUGGAUCUGCUGGGAAAGCAGAUUUUCAUAGCUGCCAAUGUUUACGAUGUUACCUUUGACUCAAAAACUCAUGUACUGCUAGGAUUUCGUACUGUCAUUCUCCGAUACUAUAUGGUGUACCCAGAGGCAAAGCCGCUCACAGCGUGGGAGGAAAAGCUAGUUCACCUUCUCUACGACAGUGAUAAAUAUAAUCUAUUGAAAUGUGGGGCCGCAUCGGACAACCUAGUUGGAAAUGAGGUAAACAUCACGAUGGUUCACUUCUGCGAUUAUGGCAUCCAGAGUAAUUAUCAAGAUGGUAAUGUAAUUAAGAAUUAA